CAGUUGUGUGGUCGAAUUCUGGUGAACCUGAUCGGGCAGUAGGACCGGGUUUUUUGGGAAUUUUCUGUGCGUGUGUGUGUGCGGUUGUAUAUGGUGAUCUAGUUCCGAGUGCCACUCUGUUGCUUGCCUGUGAUAACGUUGAACGGUGUGAAGUUUUAAGCAGAGCCAAAUCCAAAAUGAAUGCGAAAUUGACGGCAACGUGGCUACUUCUGGUGGUGUUCACAGUGAACUCCGCCCACGCGCAACUCCAGUGCUAUGUGUGUGACAACUGUCCCGACCCGUUCGAGGGUACCUCCUCCCAGCUGCAGGCCUGUCCACCGUCCGAUUCAACGACCACGACACAGACACCGCCGGGCGGUGAUACAACGAUCCUAACGCCACCACCACUGCCGACGGGCGGAAAUCCAGGUGAAACGACGACGACGGCCGCCGUCACGACCGAAGCUCCACCAACGCCCAGCACACCGGUCAUCACACCACCGCCACUACCGGGUCGCCGAAAGCGCCAGACAGCGACCGGUCAUCGGUGCUUCCGGAUCGAACAUUCAAACACUGUCCGUCGGGGUUGUGCUGCGUUCCUGGGCAAUCAGCCCGAUACCUGCUCGUCCGUUAAUGGUGGAACCGUGCCGGCGGACUGCACACUCUGCGACUGGGAUGGAUGCAAUAGUGCGACCGGACUUCGAGUAUCGCUGUUCGCCCUACUACUAGCCGUCCUACUUUCCGUUGUGCUGAAGCAGUAACACCGAACUUGCAACCCGAACCUACGCGGAAGGUUACUACUCAACAUGCGAGACGCGAAAAGCGAGCUGGGCUCGUCCAAAGACAUUCAAGCUUUACAGAUCCCCGCCACAUGCGCGUAGUGCUAGAGGAGAGCACUAUUAACGCAGCUGAUUCAUCAACGCAGGCCGACUAGGUUAUACGAUUAUAGAUUAGACUGGGAUAUCCAAAGUUGAAUGGUCUGUUGACAAAAUAAAACCGAUAAAACCAUCCCACCACCCCUCUCUCGGGUGGUUAAUUACAGUAA